AUGACCAGAGUACGCUCUGUGUCACGAAACAAGCCUGAGGCUGUAGAGGUAACAUUUGCAGACUUUGAUGGAGUCCUUUACCAUAUUUCCAAUCCAAAUGGUGAUAAAACAAAAGUUAUGGUCAGUAUUUCUCUGAAAUUCUACAAAGAGCUCCAGGAACAUGGUGCUGAUGAGGAGUUUAAGGAGGGUCGUCGUGCUAGCCACACAGCCCCCCAGGUGCUCUUCAGCCACAGGGAGCCUCCGUUGGAACUCAAAGAUACCGAUGCAGCAGUAGGAGACAACAUUGGAUACAUCACCUUUGUGCUGUUCCCCCGCCACACCAAUGCUGCUGCCAGAGACAACACCAUCAAUUUGAUUCACACAUUCCGGGACUACCUGCACUAUCACAUCAAAUGUUCCAAGGCUUACAUUCACACGCGCAUGAGAGCAAAAACUUCAGACUUCCUCAAAGUGCUGCACCGUGCCCAUGCGGAAAAGAAGGAAAUGAAAACAAUCACGGGGAAGACCUUUGCAUCUCGUUAACAGCUGCAAGGAGGUGGAUUCAGACAUCUGUGGCAGAAGGCUGGAGUACUUGCUACCUGAUAAUCGUAGCUUUUAAACAUUGCACCUCUCUGAGCUCUUAAGGAAAUAAAUCCAAUCGGGUUCUGUUUUCUAUACAAGUUUGGGAAGUGAUCUGCAAAAUCGAGCUGUUCUUGCAAGGACUUAAUAGUUCAAACAAAAAACAAACCUUAAUUCCAUUUUGAUCAACCGUACUUUCUUUGCUUUCCCCCCUUUUUCAAGCUGUUUUGCUUUGCAAAUAUGUUUACUGGUAAUGAGUUACAGUACUUCUUAUGAGAAUAACGCAAUAUUAACUUUUUUGU